AUGGAUGAUCUUAAAAAAGAAGGGAAGAAACGAAGAAAUUCGACCGAUGUCGAGAGGCAACUUCUGUUGCAGUUGGUUGAAAGCGAGAAGGGAAUUAUUGAACAGAGGGAAAACAGUUCUAAAGUGUGGAGACAGAAGGAAACUGCAUGGGAGACAAUUUUGAAACGGUACAACAGCCAGAAAAAUGUUUCCAAAUUGGACAUAAAGGCCAUAAAAAAAAUGUGGGACAAUAUGAAGGCUAAGGCCAAAAAAGACGUUUCCAAGGAAAAGAAAGCCAGGCAUCGCACAGGUGGUGGAGUGAUGGAAGAAGAGGACAAAGCCGAUGAUUCAGCCCACACAGUAGCAUCGAUAUAUAGCGACGUCAUAGAGCCUUUAGACAAUGAUGUUGACGAUGAUGCAGGGUAUCAUGUCCCAGCCAAAGUAACCAAGCGUAAAUCUACCCCUGAUGAGCCACCGUGCAGUGCAUCUGCCUAUCAGUCAGUGAUGAACAUGCAGCAGAUAGAGCAUGAGCUACAGGUCAAACGUUACAAGCAGCAAAUAUUCAUGCAAGAAACUGAAGAGGAACGCCGCAUUGCCGAACACGAACAGCGCAUGAAGGUUUGGAAACUGCAGGAGACGUUGCUGACAGAUCUCAUCAAACGGCAAAGAAACUCACGUGAUGGAGAUGACUCAAGUACGAUUUCGAUUUCCCGUGUACUUGCACAGUUGGAGUAA